AAAUAUAUUAAUAUAUUAUUACAAUUAUGUUUUAGAGGAAUGAUUCAUUAAUUUUAAUUUCAGUUUUUGUCAUGUAAUUGAUGCAUUCCUAUUGUAGAAUUUCAUUUUAUAGACAUAUUGCCAUUUAUGAAGACAGAAAAGAGAUGAUGUUGUAAAAAUGUCUAUUAUGAUCUAUGAAAGAAGAUAGAGAGUAGCGAAUGUAGAAUAAUAUAAUUUCUUCUGUAUUUUUAUUAGUCCAUUAAAAUUCCAUAUUACAAAAAUAUACUAUUGUCAAAUGUGAGCAAAAAAGAAAAACAAAGUUAUAUUUUAUUUUCAACUAUAAGUGAAUUAUAAUUGAAAAUGAUCAUUUACUUUUAUUUAGUAACGUAAUUGUUCACUCAAAGCAUUGUUGAAAUUAUAAAUUAAGUCUUAUUUUUUCCUUCGUUGUAGAACUAUCAAUCCUUAUUUAUAUUGAUAUUUAAAAUAAUAUAUUCUUAUCAUAAAUAAGAAUUUAAAGAGGAUUUUCUUUUCUAGGUCCUUUUAUAGAAUGGACAUAUCAAGAUAAAGAAUAUCUCAGAAUACUUGCUCUUCUUAUUUCAAUACCUGUUCAACUUAAAUAUAUUUUUGUUCAAAAAUUUGAAUGGCUUUUAUAUGUUAUUGAAUGUCGUUUUCAUCACUUGACAAAGAAUGCAUUAAAUAGUAUUCGAUAUGCUGAAUUUGGUAUUUCAAGUUGUAAUAUUGGUGCAGAUAGUUCAACUCAUAUUGGCAAACAACUUGUACCUUUUCUCAAUACUUAUAUGCCUUAUUUACAAACAUUACGUCUUUGGAGACCAGAUGAUUUCCCUUGGACAUCAAUUCGACCAAACAUUGAAUCUGGAAAAUUAUAUGGAAAUUUAAUGGUACAAUGGAGACGAACUCUACGUACACCUGAAUCUAUUAAUGAACAUGUUAUUGUUUUUGAACAAGAUCUAUGUCAAUUAGUCCAACAAUUAAAAGAAUUUGUUUAUCUUGAUAUUUAUGGUAAUAUUGAUUAUGAUAAAGUUGAACCUUAUCAUUUAAUAGUUAAAAAACGUUUUCCAAAUAGUCGAAUUUAUAUUCAAAUAUCAAGAUUUUCACUUUGGAUUUAA